AAAUCAUACGAAUAUUCCUCGAAGGUCUAUUUUGAUUUCUGCACUGGUCAAGAUGUAAUAGUCCAGACCGCUUCUUCAUUUUUAUUUUUUUUAUGUUACCGUAGUAAAAUACACAAAAGUCAACAUGUCUUCCGACGACAUAGAAACUGGAGUCAAAAAAACCACGAGUACAACCAUGAUACAGAAUCUACCCAAAACUCUGUCGGUCGAGGAGAAGAGAUAUCUAUUAGCAGUUGAAAGAGGGGACCUUGCAAACGUUCGAAGAAUGUUGCAAAAGGCUAGUCGAGUCGAGAAUUUCGACAUAAACUGCAUGGACAGUUUGGGGAGAGGAUCAUUGACUAUCGCCAUCGAUCAAGAAAAUCUGGAAAUGCUUGAACUUUUGGUAGUUAUGGGAGUAGCCACAAAAGAUGCCUUGUUAUACGCCAUCAGUGUUGAAUUUGUCGAAGCUGUGGAACUUCUUUUGGAACACGAGGAGUUGAUUCACAAAGAGGGAGAACCAUACAGCUGGCAAAAAGUUGACAUAAACACAGCAUUGUUCACACCAGAUAUAACGCCUUUAAUAUUGGCAGCCCACAGAAACAAUUACGAGAUUCUAAAGAUACUUUUAGAUAGAGGAGCAACAGUUCCAAUGCCCCACGACAUAAAAUGUGGUUGUGACGAGUGUAUCAGAGAAUCAGAACAAGACUCCUUGAGACAUUCAUUAUCAAGAUUAAACGAGUACAAAGCACUGGCAAGUCCAUCGUUAAUCGCACUGUCUUCCAGUGAUCCACUUCUAACAGCCUUCCAGUUGUCUUGGGAAUUGCGAAACUUGGCGUUUGCAGAACCGGAAUGUAAAUCCGAAUAUAUGGAAUUGAGGAGGCAGUGUCAGCAAUUCGCCGUGGAUUUGUUACAUCAGUCCAGGAGUUCCGAGGAGCUGGCGAUUAUUUUAAAUCACGAUCCGGAAAAUCCGCCAUAUGAGGAGGGAGAACACAUGAAACUGGCGCGAUUGGAACUGGCCAUACAGUUCAAACAAAAAAAGUUUGUAGCCCAUCCGAACAUCCAACAACUUUUGGCAUCGUUAUGGUACGAAGGAGUCCCAGGAUUUAGAAGAAAAAGCUCUGUCCAAAAACUAGGGAUUAUUGUUAAAGUGGCACUUCUGUUUCCUUUUUAUUGUAUGCUCUAUAUAAUUGCCCCAGAGACAAAAAGUGGCAAACUGAUGAGAAAACCUUUUAUGAAAUUCUUGAUACAUGCUUCUUCUUAUUUGUUCUUCCUCUUGAUAUUAAUAUUGGUAUCUCAACGAGCCGAAGACCACAUUAUCGAGCUUUUUGGUCCGGACUGGAUGAAAGAGGGUGUUUUAGAAAAAUACAAGAGACAACGAGGAAAUCCUCCCAUGGUGUUGGAAUAUGUUGUACUACUAUACGUUAUAGGGUUUAUUGCGGAAGAAACGCAGGAGAUCUUCGUUGAAGACAUAGAAUCCUACCUGAGAAACUUGUGGAACUUCAUCGAUUUUACAAGAAAUUUCCUAUAUGUAGCUGUUUUCUUUCUUAGAGCAGCAGCUUACAUUCAGCAGAUGUCAGAAAUCAAAGAAGAUCCAAACACGGCCUACAUCAGACGAGAAAUGUGGAAUGCCUUCGACUUUCAACUAAUUGCCGAGGGUUUGUUUGCCGCUGCAAACGUCUUCAGUGCAUUAAAGUUGGUGCAUCUGUUUUCAAUCAAUCCACAUCUAGGACCAUUGCAAAUAUCUCUUGGGCGGAUGGUUAUAGAUAUAGUGAAGUUCUUUUUCAUUUAUUCUUUGGUUCUGUUUGCUUUUGCAUGCGGUUUGAAUCAAUUGCUCUGGUAUUUCUCCGACUUGGAGAAACAAAGAUGUUACUCUCUUUCAACGGGGGAAGCGGAUUGGGAAACUAAUGGGGACUCGUGCAGCAAAUGGAGACGAUUCGCAAAUGUUUUUGAAGCUUCGCAAUCUUUAUUUUGGGCUAGUUUCGGUAUGAUAGACCUGGAUAGUUUUGAGUUGACGGGCAUCAAGACCUACACGAGAUUUUGGGGAUUGUUAAUGUUCGGAUCGUAUUCCGUGAUCAAUGUGAUAGUUCUUUUGAACCUUCUCAUUGCUAUGAUGUCCAAUUCUUACGCAAUGAUUGAUGAACAUUCAGACACGGAGUGGAAAUUCGCCAGAACUAAACUUUGGCUUAGCUAUUUUGAAGAAGGAGCAACUUUGCCUCCUCCGUUUAAUAUUUUCCCGAGACCCAAGCAUUUUUUCAAACUUUUAGGACUGAGAAAUAAAGAUAAACUGAGAAGAAUGAACUCUAAGGUAAUGAUAAGGGUGUGGCAAUAUUUUUUUUUAAAACGUAAGUUACAGAUAAAGAAUGAAGAGAAGGAGCGGGAUUAUAGAUACACGGCGGUUAUGAGAUCUUUGGUUUGGAGAUAUGUUUCAGCGAUGCAUAGAAAACAGGAAGAAAAUGCUGUAACAGAAGACGAUGUUAAUGAAUUAAAAGGUGACAUUUCUUCGUUUCGGUAUGAACUUUUGGAAGUGUUGAGCAAAAAUGGUAUGGAUGUAUCUUGGGUUGAAAUGAAGGAAAAAGCUGUAUUGGGUAAAAAAAUGAAAAUCUGGGAAAGGCGUUUGAUGAAAGACUUCAAAGUGGCCCCCAUAACGACUGAGGAAGAGAGUAAUAUUAUGUUUGAACCUCCUCCACCAGGAGAAAAUUCUUUAGCUCGAUUCCGGCGCAUUGCAAAAAUGGCCGUGAUGAAUUCCAAUUUGAACAAAUGGAAGCAAGUAGUUAGAGGUGCCUGCAUAGCCUCACAAAUUGGACAUUGUCAUAGUCGAGACUCAUUUAAAAAGCAGCAAAACUUGCAAAGAGCUAUGGAAGAAGCUAAAAGACUUUCGACUAAAACACCAUCAGAAACUAUUUCAAGAAUACCAACUCCUAUAGAUCUACCAGAUAUGACUGGUUCUCACAUAGUGCAUUUAGUCAGGGACAACAUUAGUGAUGUUGAAACAACUUUAACAGUAGAUAGAACAUCGCAAGAAAGUAAGAGACCAGACAUCCACGUAUCACAACCAUCCCCAGAAUUAGACUCUAAUAUGAAAAACAUCGAUUCCAGUGAAGAGAAUAAAGACCUAAUUAAUUUAGAAAAUAACGAAAUCUCACCAUUAUUCAAAUCCAAAUGUGUUUCUAACGAUCUAAAUGAUUCUAGCAUUGAAAAGAUAAAAUUAGACAAAGAGUCAACGCCGAAAAGUUUUACACCAGAUUCCGUGAAUAAUGAGAUGAAUUUUCCGGAAGAUACUAACUACAUGGAUCCUACCUGUAAAUCGGAUUCUUUUGACAGAAUUUCAGUUAAGGAACAUGUUGCUUUAAUUGAGGAGUUUGAACAACGAAAGACUCCAGUUUCUAGAUGUCAGUCACCUUCUGCACUCAAAAUUGAUACUUCAUCUUUACACAGAUACGCUACAAUUUCUCCACUUGAUGACGUAACAGAAAAAGAACAAGUUGCUAAACUCGAGGAUGCGGAUAUUUCUGAGUUUAAAGAUUCCAAGGACUCAUUUUCUUAUGCGGUUGAUUCGGAGGAAGAAUCAAAAGAAGUUGCAGAAAUCGAAAGGGUAUUAGCCAAAAGUACCGAAGAAGUGGAGGAGUCUUCAAAAAGUCCUCUGCUUCAGACUGAUGAUAAGGAUGAUUAUUCAAAAUUAAGCGUUCACGAAGCAACAGAUGCAUCUAGAAUGCCUUCACCAAUGACUUCUAGAAACAUUCAAAGGGUAGGAGAUAAAAAACGCAUUCAAGCAAAAUACGGCUGGCUGUAAAAACUAAAUGAUAAUAACAAUCUUAAUUGAAUAAUGGAUACUAACGUUGCUACUAUUAAUUUUAUUUAAAUUGGAAGUUGCUGGUUAAUAAUAGCAACGAUUUAUGUUUUGUUUAAGUAAACAUUUGUGAAAUGAUCACUGGAUGGGUAUAUAAAAUUGUGAAAUCCUUUUAAUAAAGUAUAUUAUAAAAAAGUGCGUUAAUAAUUUUUUAAAUAUUUAUUAAGUUAA